AUGUCUGAAGAUAACUGCUGGAAAUGGAACGAGUUUGUGGAAAUAGGAAACACUAUACACAGGAUGAGAAGGCAAGUUCGUAUUCUGCAAGCAAAAUAUGCUCUCGGGAUUGCCAACCAGUUGAUUGAUAACGGUUUUAUUAUAGACUUGCCCAUCAAAGAUCAGCAACUCUAUGAAACUCUUUUACUCAAAAUAGCAGAGUAUCUGGAUGGAAACGCCGAGGCAGGUCUUGACGAAGAUCUCUUUGAUAUUACAUUUUCUCCAAAAAAGAGCGGAAUCCAAACUGGAUUCACUUGUGAUGUCAACAAUGGAACUCAAAGUGUUUGCUACUACAUCAAGACGCAUCAGUACGGAUCAACAGAAGACAAUAUAAAAAGUAUCAAACCACCAGAUACAAAGGAGCUGUUUGUCUACAAGAUUCUGCAUCAUAUUGGAAUUGGUCCUCAAGCUCAUUUUAUCAUCCCAUCUCGCGGCACCAAAAAGACUAUCUACAUUGCCACCAAGGAUUGCCAUUUGGUCUUAUUGUCCAGCUUGAUCAAGAAUACAGCAAACAACAAUGCAUUACUUCAAUUGGAUCUGAUAUCUCGCAUCCUCUGUCUUCGUGAUUGUGCUGACAACACUUCAAACUGUGGUCAAGUCGGUGAAACCCCAAUGAUUGUUGACUUUCGUAUUGAAAAGCAGUCGCAGGGUUAUGCCAAACUCGAUAUCCUGGACAAAUUCUACGAAGGAAACAGUGAAUUUCACUAUUCUGGAUUGAUGGAAAUCGCAAUCAAAACUACAAAUACUGUCAAGAUGGAUAUCAUGAACAAGUCACUGCAGGAGUGGAAGUUGUUGGAGAAUAUCGAACGAGCCGAAUCAGAGAUCAAUGGAUUGGUUAAAAGAUACGAUGGCAAGAUGAAAUUUGAAAACGAUUUACAACGAUAUGUCCAGGACCUCAAAACAACAGUUGCAGUUCUUAUAAAAUCUUGA